UCUUGACUUCUUGCUCACUAGUUGCUAACUAACAACAAAUAUUGUACGCAAUAUAUACAUACAUAUGGAAUCUCCCUUUCCGGAAAACUCAUCGACUGAUCUGAAAAGGGCAAUCGAAGGGUUAAUCCGUGGUCGUGAAUUUACGCGACGACUAAAAGAGAUUAUUAAAAAACCUCUUGGUGGUGGUGAAGUUGCAACCAUUAAUAUGGCUGAGGAUUUAGUUGGGAAAAUUAUGGAUUCAUUUUCCGAAACUCUCUCCAUGAUAAACUCCGAUGAUGUUAGAGUCGUCGAUACGCCUUUUUCCGAUGUUGAGGUGAAGUCACCGGAAGAUUAUUCUAGUGGAAGUUGCAAGAAUACUUCAACAUUGAAAGAUCGAAGAGGAUGCUACAAGAGAAGGAAAACUUCAGAAUCAAACAUAAAAGAAUCCUCAGAUUUGGUGGAUGAUGGUCAUGCUUGGAGAAAAUAUGGACAAAAACAGAUCCUCCAUGCCACUUAUCCAAGGCACUACUUUAGGUGCACCCACAAAUAUGAUAAAAAAUGUCAAGCAAGCAAACAAGUGCAGAAAAUCCAAGAUAAUCCACCACUAUACCGAACAACAUACUAUGGACAUCACACGUGCAAAGUUUUUCCUAGACAUUCUCAAAUAAUUUUGGGUUCGCCAAUGGAUGGAGAUUCCAAUUCCAUUAUACUUAGUUUUGAUCAAAACAAUUACCAUCCUAAUUGUUACAAUAAUAAUAAUGUCCCUACUACAUUUCCCUCAAUAAAACAGGAAACCAAAGAGGACGUUUUCAGAUUCUAUCCUAAAAUUGAAGAUCAAAAUCAAUCAUCAACCUCUGAUUAUUUUCUGCCAGCAACAUUUGAAGCCUCCGGUGGAAACGUGGCGGCAGCGUUAUCGCCAGAUGUUAUAUCGUCUGGGGUAUACUCUUCUUGUACUACUACAAGCAAUGAUAAUCUUGAGAUUGGUAUUGAUUUUGAGGAGUGUCUUUGGAAUUUUGAUGGGUAUUCUUGAAAUAAUACUUUGUAAGGGGUGAAAUAUAGGUUGAUAGCGAUGGUGUACAAAUUUUGUAUUACGUUGACGUAGAGUUUAAUUUGCAAGCAUUAGGUAAUAGGUGCUUUGCUUUGAAAGUAUAAAUUUGACUUUGAGAUUUUA